UCCGCCUCCAUCGGCCGGACCCACCUCUUCUGCACCACCGGCGGAGCAGAGUUUCUGGGCCACGUUGUAGAGUCCCCCGGGACGGAGCUAGGUUUCUCCGGCGGUGGCGCUUUGUCUCUCGGGGUGGUUAACGCAAACGCUGGUCCAUACAGUGGUAGUAACGAUGAGGGAAACAUCACCGUUAAGAGGGUUUCCGUGAACGCUAACGCUGUAGCGGCGGAGGAGACGCCGGAAUCCUCGAAGAAGAUCGCUGAUACGUUUGGGCAACGGACUUCGAUCUACCGAGGAGUCACUCGACACAGAUGGACGGGGAGAUACGAAGCGCAUCUAUGGGAUAACAGCUGCAGGAGGGAGGGUCAGGCCAGGAAAGGUCGUCAAGGUGAUUCACAUUUCUUUUUCCAAGUAAUUUACAAUCUUAUGAGAAAACCAUUACAAAAGGUUGGAACCAUAUUUAUGCUUAGAAUUUAGAAUUAUGCACUAAGAAGACGUAAGGGUCCAUUCGAAUCUUAGCUAUCCAUGGUCUUGGGAAUCUAACUCAUCAACAAUU